AUGACUCGGAAAAGUAAAAUAAUUGUAUCUAAAAAUACAAUGAAUCUGUUCAGUACAGAUUUAAUGGAAGAAUUCGACCUGUGGGAUCCUCCAUUGAAUACAUUAUGUAAUAAGGUGAACAUGUCACAGUCCGUAACAGUUAAUGCUUCGGAAAAAUUGAAAUUAGAAUUAAAGAAGAUAUACCCCGAUGUCUUCUCGGAAGGAACACGGAACAAGUACAAAAAUCACAGUAAAAUAUCCUUACUAAAUCAAAUGGAUUCAAAUUCAAUGGCUCUUUUGAGGGCAUACCACAAUUUGUUAGAUCUAAAGAAUAAUAAAAUCAUCAGAAUUGAAAAUGGGUGGUUUGUAAAUCUUCCAGCCUUAAUAAAUUUAAAUAUAUCCAAUAAUAUAAUCUCCAUUAUUGAACCUAGAUCAUUCGAAAAUCUUUCCAAUUUAGAGGAGUUAAAUUAA